UUUAAUUAAAAUUUAUAACUAUUCUUACGAAAUGGAAUGAAGUAUAUGCAUGCUUGACUAUCAUGAUGUUGAUCGUGUUCCAAAGGUCCUGCCAAAAUGAGGCCAUACUUUCUGAGUUGAUUGAAUCCGAGCCCUAGUGAAGGACGGCAAGAUCCAAUGAGUCGAGUGCAGGCUAAUCCAGAAGUGAUCCAAGAUAGCCUCCCUGCCGACCAACUUUGCUAUAUUUGAGCUCACCCAUAUCAUUCGCAAGCUGAAAUAAGGAAAAUGAAACUUUGAAGAACUCUGGUGCUGGCAUGGACCUUUCCCAUAUUUUGGACGAGCCAUUGAGAGAUGAAGUGAAAGAACCUGAAAAGCCAAUAAAUAAGAAAGAAAAUUGUAGAAUAACUUUUGCUGACUUAUUCCAACAGUCAGUUUCAAUGAAGAAAGAGAGACCAAAGACAGCUCGUGUAAAAGCUCCAACUAUCAAUUAUGAUCAUCUCAUGGGUAAGUGGAAUUGUCCUCAGUGAACAUAUGAGAAUUCAUAUGACGAUUAUCAGUGCCAGAUUUGAGGAUAUUGUGAAGUUCAGGAUGCUCAAAAGAAUUAAAAACUAAAGAUAUAAAAUCACCAUACACAAAGCUCCUGAAGAACUGCGAGUCACUAUUCAUAAGAGUACCCUUCAUCACCUUAAAAAUUUCAGGAUUUU